AUGGGAGGCAAACAGAAGUCAUUGCUGGUCAUAAACGACUCAAAGGAUGUUCAUCUUAAACUCAAGCUCUAUGUCCCCGGUGAUGUAGUUUGCUGGAUACCACACACAUCCAAGGUAAUCAAACCAAAAGAUAAACUCUUUUGCACCAGCAAAUGGGGUAGCAAGCUCGAGCUAGUUGCGCGAUUCACAAACAAAAAGCAACCGAGUAAGGUUCUUUUGAAACCACAACAGUGGGUUGGGAAAAGAUAUGUAAGGAUCACGGAAUCUCUUGACGUAAUCGAGGAUGACCUCUCUAAUUAUCCAGAAGAAGAGAGAGAGGGCCUCCGAAAAAAAAACAGGGAUGAAGAGUUAGACCGUACUGAUGGGAAACGCAAUUUUUACAGCAUUUUAAGACUAGAUAUGGAUAAAGUUCGUGCCAUGUCAAAAGACGAACAGGACAAAGAAAUCUUGAGAGCAUUUCUUAGAGAGAUACAGAUAUGGCACCCCAAUCAUAAUGAAGAUGGCGAUACUGAAAUUGUCCUUGAGCUGAUAUUGGCGUACGACACUUUAAAAGAUCGAGAAAAACGUGCAAGGUACAACAACUUGGCUGACUACGACAAGGGGUGGCUGUCAGGAAAACGAUUCAAAGCUGUUUUUUGGCCUGAAUGUGAGACUAUGGCUCAAAGACUGGCAUGGCUAAAACGAAUGGGCCUACUUGCUUUAUCGGCUGGUCUUGCAGUCGGAGGCAUCGUGUCUGUCGUUCUUACCGCCGGUUUCACAUCUCCUCUGUUUUUAUGCACUAUCGCGGGAGGGAUACAUUCGUUGCGCGAAUGUAUUAGCAAGGAGGCAGUCGUGGAUGGUUGUGACGUUGGAAAAUGGCUUAUGUCAACAGGGGUUGGAUAUCUUCUCGCCUUCCUUCCCGGUGGAGCAGCAAUAGGAGCAGCACUCCUGGAGUCUGCAGCACUCUCAGUGGCUGAGCUGACUGGAAUUAGAAUUGCAAUUUCUGCUGGAUGUGCAAUUGUAUCUUCUCUUGGUACAGAUGCGAAAAAACGAUUCAUCGACGGCGAGAAGAUCACAGUGAAACAGGCUCUCGGUCAUGCAGCUUGUAAAUGUGCCGCAGCUGUUGCAGCAACGCUUGCAGGCGGGGCUGUUGCAAAAGCUAUGCGUCAUAGCACGCAAACUACUUCGAAAGCCGCUAAUUUCGUGCAAGAAGUUAAGUACACUGGUGAAAAGGCUUCGCCACUGCCUGCCACCAAUCUUCAGCCAGCAAUUGAAACAACUAGCUAUAGUGUAAAGAGUUCUAUAAUAACCAGCAAUCUUGAGGGGGCCACUGAUGAAAUUGGUGAGCAAAGUCCGUCCGUAACCGAAGCAAAGUGCUUUCUUAAGCACACUCCAGUCGCACCAUUAAUCAAAGGAGUUACAAAAGCUAUGAUUGCGCAAGCUGGUGAGUUUGCUGAGAAGCACUUAGACGAUGCUGACGAAUUUCAAGAAACGAUUUCUAGCCUCCCCUUAUAUGAAGUUGUGAUUGAAAAAGCUCUUGAGCUAUCAGAUAAUUUGGAAAAUCUUAGCUCCGAAGGUGAGGACAUCCCAGAUGGCUCAGAAUGUACCCGAGAAGCAGUGGACACACGGGGCCUUAAAAAAUACAAAAAUCUGAAAACAACAAGUGGAAUCUUUACGUACAUUUCUAAAGGGUGGUGGUAUAAUGGGUCUUCGAAAAUGGUUGUUAGCUACCUUCUAUACGGGCAAAGAUUCACAAGGGAGGUACGAGGAAAUGGAAAACAGAUUGAAAUCCCUUGCCUUGCAAAGAAAAUUGAUGUGCAUUUUGAAAUAUUUGGGCUAACCUGGCGUACCAUUUCGAGAUAUGAUCGCUUCAAAAGAUGCUGGUUUGUACCGUACGAGCCACAUGUGUUUCACUUCGCAACUCCUGUAAUUCGCACGUUUACCAUCGAUGGUAUUCUGGGUUGGGAAGCGGUGAUGAAAGUAACAGACGAACAUCACAACGAAACAAACGAAUUAUCGUGA